UAUAAAAUGGCAUAUUCGGGUUCAUAUCCCUGGAAUAACAACUAUUACAGCCACGGGCAGAGUUCUGGAAAUGACUCUUGGGCUCCAUCGGCCCAAUCUCAAGAGCAGUAUAAUCCAGUUUAUCCAUCACUCAGUGGGACACCAAACUUUUUCUCAUCUUCUGCCCAGGCGUACGAAGCGGCACCGUACUAUCCAGCAAAAAGCACAGCAGCAAAAACUACGUCAAAACCAGUGCAAAAACCAUAUCGGAGACAUCAUCAGAGGCCUAAUAAAGCUUGGUCGUCAGGAUCACAGCAGUUCCAUUUGGUCACAAUCGAUCCGAGCAAACCACACGAGAAACCUAGUGUGUCGAAAAUCGCGGAGGCAGCUCCAAAACCAAUAUUCAAAGUGGCUCGUGGAACGGUGAAGACCGUUAAUAAAAGAGGAACAAAAGGCGUUCAGAAGAUGCCAAACCACCGAUUGGAAGGUAACAGUUGGGAGACCAACGGACUUCAAAAUCAAACUGCUCGUGGAGGAGGAGGUGGACGUGGUCGCGGGAGAGGAAGCGGAGGAAGAGGUCGUGGAGGUUUCAAUCGAGGAGGACGAUUCAAUGGCGCUCCGAAACCAUCAAACAAUAAGGAUGAUAUUCCAUAUGUUCAUCUUCCUGAUGAUUCUCCUGCCAUCACUCUGAAUGUUUCUUCCGAGAAUAUCACAGCUUUCCACGGAUUCGACAGUGUUUUCACCACUAAACACAAUUUCCCAGUUCUCAUCGACAAUAAGAUCUAUGGAAGCUGCGACCACUACUACCAAAUUUGCAAAGUCACUGAUUUGACUGGAGUAUCAAGCGACAAAUUGAACAGAGGUGUUCGUGAUGAGAACGGAAAACCUAUCGUUGAAACUAUCGAAGAUGCGGAGAAAAAGUCGCACAGCGCACUAGCUAAGGAUAUAAUCAAAGCAGCGAAUAUCAGCAAGGAGAAGGUGGAUGAAUGGAGGAACAGCAAAGGUCUCGAGACGAUCCAAAAAGCUCUUCAUGCGAAAGUCACCCAGUCUGCUCAUUUGCGCGAAGCUCUCAAAGAAAGCGGAGAUAACAUUCUGGUCCAUGCGUUCGCUCGUGACAGUAUAUACGGAACAGGAUGUACGAUCCCGGCGAUUAAAAAAUGGUUGGAUGAUUUAUCGAAAGCUGGUGUGAAACAUUUGAAAAUUCCUGCUACUUUCCCACUUAACAAGACAACAGUUCAACACUGCCCAGUUUUUGCACAAGGACGCAACGUUCUCGGAGUGAUUCUUAUGCAGUUACGACAGAAGAUCAGCUCGGGAGAAAUCCAGGUUGUCGAUAUGUCCAGGAUUUUCAAUGCUCUCAGAGUCAACAACGCCCCAGCAGAGCCUAUGGACACGUCAUCGAAAUUUGGAUUCAUCUCCGACACGAAGAGCAUCGGCACUUUCUGAAGCGACUGUAAAAUAUUAAAUUUUCUGAAAUAUCCCAUCUGGAUCUCAAUUGUCCAACUUGUUUUAUUAUUUCUCUGAAAAAAAUCCAAAACUGUAAUGCUAUUUUUGUUAACAAAUUUUAUUCUCAAAGUCUUAUAACGAUUAAAAUUUCAAGCAUGA